CGUGCAGCGAAGAAAAGGUAUAUUCUGACUCUUCCAAUUUUGGACUAUCAGAACACUCAAUUAAUUCAAUGGCGGACGUAUGAUAUUCACCUUCAUUACGUGACCAUUCUACUCACCAAUCUAUAACCAUUUCAACAUCCAUAUUUAUAUAAAACCUUUUGACCUUUUUCAUCAAAAACCCACAUAUGGAUACCUCAAGGAAUUCUCUCUAUAAAGUUGGCAUUGUAUCUCUUCUCUGUGCAGGCGUCCUUUAUAUUUGUAUUUUGUCUCCUCCAAAUACUGAUCCUUUGUUACCCUCGGCCUGUUUGCGCUCAUCAAGCUUUACUAAUACAACAGAUCUCGUUAUAGAUGAUCUUGAAGCGGCUCUACAGAAAGCUUCAAUGCCCAACAAAACAGUGAUUAUCGCCGUCGUGAAUAAAGCGUAUGUUGAACAAACCGUGGAAGCUGAUACCACUAUGCUUGAUAUAUUCUUGGAAAGUUUCUGGUUAGGGGAAGGCACCAGACAAUUACUUGAUCAUCUUCUUAUAGUGGCAGUAGAUCAGACGGCGUAUGAUCGGUGCAUGUUUAAACGAUUACACUGCCACAGAUUGGUAACAGACGGCGUAGAUUUUGCGGGAGAGAAGGUGUACAUGUCACGAGAUUUUAUCAAGAUGAUGUGGAGAAGAACUAAGUUUCUAUCUGAUGUUCUUAAACGUGGUUACAACUUCAUCUUCACGGAUACUGAUGUAAUGUGGCUGAGAAACCCUUUUACGCAACUAAGCAAAAAGGAAACGGAAGACCUGCAAAUGAGUGUUGAUAUUUACAAUGGCGACCCACGAUCACAGGACAAUUUGAUUAAUACAGGCUUCUACUUUGUCAGAUCCAAUAAUAAGACAAUCUCUUUAUUUACCACAUGGUAUGGUAUGAAAGACAAUUCAACAGGAAAGAAAGAGCAGGAUGUGUUAUUGGAGCUAAUGUCACAGGGUUUGUUUAAGAAAUUGAGGCUCAGAGUUAGGUUUUUACCUACACUUUAUUUCAGUGGGUUUUGUGAAAAUAGCAAAGAUAUUUGGUCAGUCACAACAGUUCAUUCUAAUUGUUGCCGUCAUGUGCAUGCAAAAGUGCAAGAUUUGAAGGCUGUUCUUCGAGAUUGGAAGCGAUUCAAGGAGGCCAAAGUUAAGAACCCAAGAAUGGCUCCUAACCGAACCAUGGUGACUCAGUGGUCAGAACACACAGCGUGUUCCAAUUCAUGGAAACCACAAAACAAUACUUUGCGUAAUUAAUUAUAUUUUUUACUGCUUACGCAGGAUUUAUUACUGUAAUGUUUAUUUUGUGAGUUAUGAGUAAUUAUUUAUAACUCUUGAUUGACCAUAACAUUGUGAAUUACAAAUUUUAAAUGUAGAGAUAGCUACAAGAGUGAGGUUAUUUAUGUAUACUCAAUUUGUUAAUAAGUUACUUAAAC